CUCCCGCGGCCGCUCCGUCAGCAUGGCGGCGGAUAGGGACGGUCGUGGCGGCAGCGGCCGGACCUGCUUCGUGCUGGGCGCCUCGGGCGCGACGGGCGGGGUGCUGCUGCGGGAGCUGCUGGCCCGGCGGCUCUUCUCCAGGGUGACGCUGAUCGGGCGGCGCCGGCUGAGCCUGGGCGAGGAGGCGUCGGGGGUGACCGUGGAGCAGGCGGUGGUGGACUUCGAGCGGCUGGGCGAGCACGCUGCCGCCUUCCAGGGGCACGACGUCGGCUUCUGCUGCCUGGGCACCACCAGGGCCAAGGCUGGCGCGGACGGCUUUGUCCGUGUGGACCGGGACUACGUCGCGCAGGCUGCAGAGCUGGCGCUGGCUGGGGGCUGCAAACACUUCGUGCUGGAGUCCUCCCGGGGAGCGAACCCCAAGAGCCGCUUCCUCUACCUCCGUGUGAAGGGAGAAGUGGAGAACCUGGUCCAGGCUCUUGGUUUUGAUCGCUGUACCAUUCUCCGGCCAGCGGUACUGCUGUGCAAGCGCCAGGAGUCCCGGCCCGCGGAGUGGAUGGCCCAGCGGUUCCUGGGGGCUGUGGCUUGGCUCUUCCCCACCGCUCACACAGUGCCUGUGGAAACAGUGGUGAGGGCUAUGGUGGCCAGCGUGCUGCAGCCAGGCAAGGGGAAGGUGGAGGUGCUGGAGAAUGAAGCCAUCCACCAGCUGGGAAAGGCAGCGCCACAGCAGGGCGCUUAGAGCACAAAGGGAUGGGCGGGAAGCAG